AUGAAAAGUAAUCUCCUUUGUGUUGAUCAACUUCAAGAUUUUGGUAUAAUUAUGAAUGAUGUGCCCCUCCAACGUCUGAAACGCGAAGAUCGCAAUCAAUAUUCGCAUUCCAUUAUUGAUGAAAACUCGGGAUUACAUAUCCCGAUGGACUUCCUGAACCCUAUCAGCUUCUUUGCUUGUCGCAGACCUGCGCUGUCUGAACUUGAUGAAUAUGUCUCGGUGGAAAUGACCACUUCCGUCCCUUGGGAACCUUAUGACCCGGAAUCCUCUCGCAUCGAACAAAAUCUACGACGUGAAUAUCAAGGAGACAUUGCCACUCAACAAAUCUAUUCUGUUGACCGCUCUGAUCCCAACUACCGCUCUAUUUGCCCACUCGCUCUUCCCAUCGCUUUAGGGGACAGAGUUGAGGCGACCAUCAAUGGUGUUAAAACCGAUGGCAAGAGCUAUUUGGUCAAACCUGAACAACUUGCGCAAAGAUGGCGAAUCAGCCUUGAAUGUGCCUGUCGCACUCUCAAGAAAACAACCCAGCGUGCUUUGCGGGACUGGACUAAAGUCAAAGGCUCAAGACGAUUUCGCCCCACUCAAUUCCAACUUGAAUAUCCUAGGUUGCGUGCUGAUAUUUGGGCCAAUAUCAAACAAGGCCCCUGUGUUUCUGCUGAAGGAAAUAAGUAUGUUGCUGUCUAUGCUGCUGCCUGUCAAUGGGCCCGUGGCUACGCUUUGAAGAAAGAAUCUGAAGUGAGCAACUUGCUCAAGGAAGUAUUUCGUGAUAUUGGCUCUCCAAGAGUUCUCCGACCUGAUGAUGCUCAAUCGUUGACUGCUGGAGAAUUUCAAAUAAGGCCCAGGUUCCAAUACAUCCUAGCGAGCCUUACAAUCCUGAUCAGAACCUUGCUGAAGAUUGUAUUUGUGAAGCAACAAAAAUGUAUGUUUGUUUUAUGA